ACGUGACUCCUGUGUUUACAGGCAUCCGGAGAAAUAUGGAGGAUCCCACUAGCAUGAACCCCCAGUCUCUUGGAUUUACAGAGAAAUUAAAGUCUUGGCUGUCGUGGUCAUGGACAUACGUGUGCUUUAUUUGGUUCGGCAUGGUGCUCAUCAUGAUUUACGUCCUGUGGAGUCCGCUGAAACUGCAGGAAUCUCUUACCUCAGCAUCAGUGUUUUUGAAUACGUUGACCCCUAAAUUCUAUGUGGCGCUCACUGGAACCUCAUCACUCAUCUCUGGACUCAUCCUGAUAUUUGAGUGGUGGUAUUUUCGGAAAUAUGGUACCUCAUUCAUUGAACAAGUGUCUGUGAGCCACCUGCGCCCUCUCCUGGGUGGAGUGGAGAGCAGCUCAGCAACUGGUCUGUUCUCAUCCGUCAAUGGCGAUGCAGAGCCAAGACCAAGUGUGUCAGAGUGCAAGGUCUGGAGGAACCCUCUGAAUCUGUUCAGAGGAGCAGAAUACAACAGAUACACCUGGGUGACUGGGAAAGAGCCCUUAACAUAUUAUGAUAUGAACUUGUCUGCUCAAGAUCAUCAGACCUUUUUCACAGGUGACACUCAGCAGCUAAAGCCUGAAGAUGCGGUGAUGCAGAAAGCAUGGAGGGAGAGAAACCCUCAAGCCAGGAUCAGAGCAGCUUAUCAGGCAUUAGAAAUGAACCACGAAUGUGCUGCAGCGUAUGUGCUUCUAGCAGAAGAAGAAGCUACAACUAUCACAGAGGCUGAACGUCUUUUUAGAAAAGCUCUAAGUAUUGCUGGAAAAGAUAUCAACUUACUGGUGUACAUUAAACGCAGACUGGCUAUGUGUGCACGCAAGCUGGGACGGAUUAAAGAAGCGGUAAAAAUGAUGAGAGAUUUAAUGAAGGAAUUCCCAUUGUUGGGAAUGUUAAAUAUCCAUGAAAACCUUUUAGAGGCACUUCUGGAGCUUCAGGCAUACGCUGAUGUCCAAGCUGUCCUCGCUAAAUAUGAUGACAUCAGCUUACCAAAAUCAGCAACUAUAUGCUACACGUCAGCGCUUUUGAAAGCACGCGCUGUAUCAGAUAAAUUCUCUCCAGAAGCAGCAUCGAGGCGAGGCCUAAGUACAGCAGAGAUGAAUGCUGUGGAGGCCAUACACAGAGCUGUUGAGUUUAAUCCACAUGUGCCAAAGUAUUUAUUAGAGAUGAAGAGUCUGAUCCUGCCUCCAGAGCACAUCUUGAAGAGGGGUGACAGUGAGGCGGUGGCAUAUGCCUUCUUUCACCUGCAGCACUGGAAGAGGGCAGAAGGGGCCUUAAAUCUACUACACUGCACAUGGGAGGGCACAUUUCGGAUAAUCCCUUACCCACUAGAGAAGGGUCACUUGUUUUACCCUUACCCAGGAUGCACAGAAACAGCAGACAGGGAACUACUGCCCUCGUUUCAUGAGGUGUCGGUGUACCCAAAGAAAGAGCUGCCCUUCUUCAUCCUCUUCACAGCAGGCCUUUGCUCUUUCACUGCCAUGUUGGCCAUGCUGACACAUCAGUUCCCUGAGCUCAUGGGUGUGUUUGCCAAAGCAUUCUUCAGCACGCUCUUUGCACCCCUGGGCUUCUUUGCAGACAAGAUGGAAAGCUUCAUGCCUUCCAGUUUUUGGCACCAGCUGACUCGGCUCUGACCUCCAGAAUGCACACAGACACACACACACACACACGCAGCACUCCAAACCCUCAGACAAAAAGUGUUUGCUCUCCCGUCUUCAGCAUUACUGUCCUCCUGCUGCAUUGUUACUGAUGAUGUUAGCUGAGCCUGUAUCAACACAGCAGUGCCACUCUUCAGACUCUCUCCCAGACCGUCCCUGCAGCCACUUACUUUUCCAAGAAUGCAUUUAGCGAACACCAUCUGUAACGAUUAUACGCGGCCAUUCAUUUAUCAUCACUCUGCAAUAGCCCCAUUGGAGAAUUUGAGAUUUUUUGUUUUUGUUUUUUUGCUUUUUUGUAAUAGCUCACACAGCCAAGCUGUGAGAUUUGUCCAAAAAUGAUGCUUUCCUCCAUUUAUUAUAAAGGAAAUGGAGUUUUAAUAUUGCUGCAACUGCUGCCUAUUCUGACAUGCUCAGCAGAGUGUCGCAGCACAGUGGUUGAUAAAUUAACACAAAGGUCCUAUGAGGUUCUUGCACCUGUGCCUCUAAACACCCAACAUAACUGACUUAAAAGUCUGCAAAACCUCGUCAACACAAAGCACUGAUUUAGAGGUCAGAGUGUCCUCAGUGCAUACAGUGCCUCUGCAGGUCUGCACUUGUUACCAUGGCAAGAAACCUUCACAGUAAUGUCAAACGUCUCUUCCACAACGCUGAAACGUAAAUGGGAUCAUCUCCAAACAAGGCGGCCUGCUGUGGCUUUAUUACUCAUUUCUGCCAAUUGCACAACAAAAUCCAAUAUGUAUAUGUAGGACAUAAAUGGCUGCUGUUACCAGCUAAAAAAAAAAAAAAAAGAAAAGCUGACAAAUGCACUUACUUCAGUUGUACUGAGAAUCAGAAAGCACAGGCCCCAUGUCAGGAACAUGAAUCCUUACUGGACUUCAUACGGACUGAACUUAUUCAUUUAGUUGCACUAAAUGAAUCCACAUCAACAUAUACAAACGCCAUUUUCCUGCUGCGUACAAGAUGUUUGUUUUGAAAAUCUGUACGUGGUGAUUCUGCAGUAAACUGGUUCAUUGGCAACAUUACAUACUCCCCCACCUUUGUUUUAUCAAUUAUAAGGUGCUGAGAUUUUUUUAACCUUGUAACCUGAUAUGAAAACUGAUAAUAUUGUUCUGAAUACAAGCCACAGGUUGUAAAGUGACAGUGGCAUUCACAUAACUGAUUCGCUAAACACAUAUUUGACAUUAUACUGUACCUAAUAAUGGUAAGUUAAAGGCCAAAUGUAAGAAAUAGUACCGUGUUUCAUUUUGAUGAGCAGGACCGAUCAAAAUAUAUGAUUUCUUUCACAAAGCAACACAUGUACAUUGUCAGUGACGAUUUUGUCUCCAAACUAGAAAUGCACUGUUUUGCAUUGUACUCUGUACUGUAUCCAUAUGACUACAUGCUGAUGGCGGGAGAAUGUUUGAAAAACUCCAGCUCCAAAUGGAUGAAUGUGAUGGGAGAAACUCAAUAAAGUACUCUGCAACUUA